ACUCUGGAUCCAGACACGGCAAAUACCUGGCUCAUCCUGUCUGAGGAUCGGAAAAGUGUAACAGAUAGAAACACACGCCAGGAUCUGCCCGACAACCCUGAGAGAUUUGAUACUUGUCCCUGUGUCCUGGGUGCUGAGGGGUUCACGGGUGGGAGGCGUUACUGGGAGGUGGAGGUGGGAGACAAGACUAGAUGGACUCUGGGGGUUUGUAGGGAAUCUGUGAGCAGGAAAGGGAAGCUUACAUGGACACCUGUGAAUGGAUACUGGGUCGUGUGGCUGAGGGAUGGGGAAUACAAGGCCCUCACCUCCCUCAGGACCCCCCUCCCCAUGCUCGUCAGGCCCAGCCGGAUGGGAAUUUUCCUGGAUUAUGAGGCGGGCGAGGUCUCGUUUUACAAUGUGACUGACAGGUCCCAUCUCUUCACUUUCACUGACACCUUCUCCGGGACGCUCCACCCUUAUUUCUGUCCUGGUCACAGUGAUGGAAGUACAAACGCGGCUCCCCUGAUAAUCUGCCCGGUCCCAGCUGAGGCCGGAGGGAAUCUCUGUCCCUGACAGUGACCCCGCGGCACAGACUGUCCCCUCCCAGCCCUGCUGCUCUUCCCGCCCCCAGUGGUGGGGGUCAGUUAGUGCCGGCAAUUGGACUUUUUGUGCUGACCGGAUGCUGCCAGUUUCCCUUUUCAGCUGGAGGUUCCAGUUGAAAACCGGACACCUGGCAACCUCCAGCCCCCACCUUUCCCCAUCCCCUGCCUCAGGGGUAGCAGGUAGUGGUGGAUGGGGUCAUUUACCCCUGUCAGAAUUUUCUACCCCUGUGAAAUCUCAGUGUAAAAUAUGAAAGAAAAAAGAUUAUUCUAAUUUAGAAAAUAUUAUUGUAACAAGGUGUAAAUACAAGAAUAUUUUAAUUUACAUUUCAACAGUAUUUCACAAACAAGCAUCUAAACAUAAUUUUAGAAAUGGAAUUAUUUACAUUUAUUUUUUGAUUCUUCUCUCAAAUCUAUAUUGAAGUUUAACUUCUCUAAAUAACGUCAUUUGUAUUUCAACUGUGGAAUUUCAAGAAAUCCAAAAUAUUUAUCUUAACAAAAUAAACUAUUAAAUUGUCAGACUGGGUUGUUCAGUUACAAUGUACAUGUCUCAUAAACAUCACAACUACACACAUGUGCAGCUGCUCUCUCUCUC